CUCACCCAACAAAUUCCAAAUUCCAAUCUCAAAAUACUCCGAUGAACUUCUAUCCAAAUUAUGAAACCCAGAAGAAAUAAUGUCAGCAAUCUCUCUUUCUCAUUCCAACAACUUCAUCACGAUGAUAGUUACUUCAUCUCCUCAUCAUUCUCAUUCUGCUUCUCUUCUUCUUCUUCGAAACAGAAAGCGGCAAAUAUUUGCAUCUUCCACUCUCACGGAUUUCUCAAAAGUUCCAAAAGUGGAGAAAACCAGGGAGACACCCCAUCAAAUUUUUAAUGAUGAUGUCUGGUAUUCCAAGGAAGCAGUCUGUAUUAGUUCGCUUACUACUAACGAACAUAUUGAUGGUUUGCUUAAUUCUUUGGAGGAUAAAACUCAUCCACAUAAUGAUCAGUGUACUGAAAAUUACGCUUUAAUACUUCAAAACUGUAGAAAAUUAGAUUAUCUAGAAUUGGGUCUACAAAUUCAUUGUCGUUUGAUUGUAUCUGGUGUUGAAUUAUGUUCAUUUCUUAGUAGUCAAUUGUUAGAAUUGUACUGUAAGCUAGGUUAUAUUGAUUCAGCUCGCCAACUGUUUAAUACAAUGUCACAGAGAAAUGUGUUUAGUUGGACUUCUAUAAUUGGAUUAUACUGUGGAUUAGGUGAUUAUGAAGAGACAAUUAAGUUAUUUUAUUUAAUGAUUGAAGAAGGAGUUAGACCAGAUCAUUUUGUGUUUCCGAAAAUUUAUAAAGCUUGUUCUGAGUUAAGGAAUUAUGAGGUAGGGAAAGAUGUUUAUGAUUAUAUGUUGAGUAUUGGGUUUGAAGGGAACCCUUUUGUGAAGAAAUCUAUUCUUGAUAUGUUUAUAAAAUGUGGUAAGAUGGAUAUUGCUAAAAGAAUGUUUGAUAAGAUGCAAUUCAAGGAUGUUGUUACAUGGAAUAUGAUGAUUUCGGCUUAUGCUUCCAUGGGUGAUUUCGAGCAAGCUUUGCACCACUUUGAGAGUAUGAAACUAGCUGGUGUCAAACCGGAUCGGAUUACUUGGAAUUCAAUUAUUACUGGGUAUGCUCAGAAUGGACAAUUUGAGGAGGCUGCAAAUUGUUUCUUUGAGAUGAGUGGUUCACAAAAUUUUAAGCCAAAUGUUGUAUCUUGGACAGCGUUGAUAGCAGGGAAUGAGCAGAACGGUUGUUCAUUGCAAGCGUUGGAUGUGUUCAGGAAAAUGGUGAUUGAAAGAGUGAAACCAAAUUCGAUUACCAUUGCCAGUGUUAUUUCAGCUUGUACAAAUUUGUCUUUGCUUCGACAUGGAAAGGAGAUCCAUGGAUAUUGUAUAAAGGCCGAGAGACUAGACUUGGAUGUUCUUGUUGGCAAUUCAUUUGUAGACUUUUAUGCCAAAUGCCGAAAUCCGGAGGUUGCACGUCGGAAUUUCGAUUUAAUUAAACAAAAAGAUUUGGUAUCUUGGAACGCAAUGCUUGCUGGUUAUGCACUGAGAGGUUGCCGUGAGGAAGCACUCGAACUUCUCGAUGCGAUGAAGGUGCAGGGAGUUAAACCAGAUAUUAUUACAUGGAAUGGGUUGAUCACAGGUUAUACACAGAGCAGGGAUGGGAAGACAGCUCUUGAAUUCUUUUCUAAAAUGCGUCAAACAUAUGUAUACCCUAACACAAUUACAAUAUCAGGGUCUCUUGCAGCUUGUGCUCUAACAGAUAAUUUGAAGUUAGGGAAAGAAAUUCAUGGCUUUGUCAUAAGAAACCAGAUGGAGUUGUCUACAGGAGUUGGAAGCGCUCUUAUAUCGAUGUAUUCAAGUUGUGGUCAGUUAAGACUUGGCCUUUCAGUGUUCAGAGAGCUCUCAACAAGAGAUGUGGUAAUUUGGAACUCAAUUGUUGCUGCUUGUGCUCAAGGUGGACAAGGGACUAAUGCCCUGAAUUUGCUGACAGAUAUGAAGUUAAGUAAUGUGGAACCUAACACGGUUACAAUGGUCUCAGCUCUUCCAGCUUGUGCCAGAUUAGCGGCGUUAAGGCAAGGUAAAGAAAUUCAUCAAUAUAUUCUGAGGCAUGGCCUUGACACAUGCAACUUCAUAUGGAAUUCUCUUAUCGACAUGUAUGGACGGUGUGGGGAGAUCAGAAAAGCUCGAAAGAUAUUCAAUAUGAUGCCUCAAAGAGAUCUAGUUUCAUGGAACACACUGAUUUCAUGUUAUGGAAUGCAUGGUUUUGGAAUGGACGCUGUAAAUGUAUUCCUCCGACUAAGAACUACAGAAUUGAUACCUAACCAUUUUACCUUUACAAAUUUAAUAUCUGCUUGUAGUCACUCUGGAUUGAUUGAUGAAGGGUGGGAGUAUUUUGAGAUGAUGAAGUCUGAGUACAAAAUUGAACCUGCUGUCGAGCAAUAUGCUUGCAUGGUAGAUCUACUUGCACGUGCGGGUCAAUUUGAUGAAACCAUGAAACUCCUCAAGGAGAUGCCAAUAGAACCAAAUGCAGCAGUAUGGGGUUCGCUUUUGGGUGCUUGUAGGAUCCAUUCAAACCUUAAGCUCGCGGAGUAUGCUGCUGGGUAUCUUUUUGAUUUAGAACCUCAGAAUUCUGGAAACUAUAUACUCUUAGCUAAUAUAUAUUCACAGGCAGGAAAAUGGGAUGAUGCAGCAAGAAUUAGACAGAUGAUGAAGGAUAGAGGGGUAACAAAACCCCCUGGUUGCAGUUGGAUUGAGGUGAAACGUAUAGUUCACAGCUUUAUAGUAGGAGACACAACUCAUCCAUUAAUGCAUGACAUUUCUGCAAAGAUGGAAAGUUUGUAUUCAGAUAUUAAGAAGAUUGGGUACAUCCCAGAUACAAAUUUUGUGUUGCAGGAUGUCGGUGAGGAUGAAAAGGAGUUUAGUCUUUGUGGACACAGUGAGAAGUUAGCAAUUGCUUUUGGUUUGAUUAGUACACCAGUUGGCACUCCUUUGAGGAUCAUCAAGAACCUGAGGGUGUGCGGGGACUGUCAUUCCGCAACCAAAUUUAUCUCCAAAGUCGAGAAACGGGAGAUUGUAAUGAGGGACAGUUAUCGGUUUCAUCAUUUCGUUGAUGGGGUGUGUUCUUGUGGGGAUUACUGGUAAGAGCUGAAAUCUAACACACAGGGAAAAUGAAGAUUUUUGGGGUCUGCGCAAGGUCUUCAAGCUAACAUAAGAGCGUAAGAUCUUUUCCUAGCUAGUUGGGUGUAUACCUGUUGAUAUUGCAAACCAUGUGCAGCUACAGAGAAUAAACUGUAAUGUGCAACAUCUGUAAACAAGUCGCUAUAUUUGAUUUUGUUAAUACAGGAAUUAGAUAAAAAUACACAUCUA